CUUGGAGAAUCAGUCAGCUUUAACACACCUCGGAAGACGUGUAAAUUGGUGUAGGAGGGCAAACAUUUAUAAAAAAGGAAACGUUUUGGAAGGGGAGACAUAAUUUGGCCUCAGCUGUUUCCAGAGGUGGUUCUUCUUUCAUUGAAACAAACCAGGGGACUAUGGAAUGGAUGGUGUAACUAAAAAAAGUUACGGUGGGGAAGUCUCUGGAAGAAGUUUCACGGAAACAGUAACAUCUUCAUCAAGACUUGUGUCAUUACCACCAAAAGGGGCGAACAGUAGCGCUUCCAAACUUUCAUACCAGAGUGGAGGGGGUGGAAUGGAAAAAAAGAGCGUGAUUCAAAGCACCAGCAGUUAUGUCACAUCAGCCACAGGUGGCAGUUCAAGAGUAAACAUUAGUUCAUCUGGAUCCAGAUUCCCUCAGUCCUCAGGUUCCACGCUCUCCGUUUCCCCAAAUUCAACUUUCGACAGGAAAACUUACGCCUCCACCUCUCGCCAAGGAGGAUAUGAAGGAAGUUCUAGUGGAAAUUCUUCACCGGAAUACACUAGAAAAGAAAUGGCAUCUUCAUCCACCAGGGGGCGCACACCGAGCAGAGAGACUGAAAUUCGUACUCGACUCCAAAGCGCAUCCCCCUCUACAAGAUGGACAGAACUUGAUGAUGUGAAGAAAUUGCUGAAAGGGCGAUCCACCAGUGUCAGCCCCAGCAGAUCCCCAACAAAUACCCUCCCCAUUCCCAAAAAAGCCACUGUGGAAACAAAGAUGGUAACAGAAAGCUCCCAAUCAGCCUCAGGAGCUUAUGACACAGCUAUCCUGGAUGCUGCCAUGCCAUCAUACAUGUGGACCUCCACACUUCCAGCAGGAUCAUCGAUGGGUGGCUAUCAUAACAACAUGGGCUUUGGAGGAUCUAUGUUAAAUGCUCAAUCUUCGGGAUCAGUAUUCGGACUUCCAAAUAAUCUUGCCCCAAGUUCUCCUUCUCUAAAUUCAGGAUAUGCUUCAUCCUCUGCAUUAUUUGGUGUUCAGAACAACCUUGCACCUCUCUCAGGACCCGGACACGGACCCGGACCAGGCCCCGGGCCAGGAGCUCUUAGUAGUACCCUGGCUGCGACAACCAGUUCAGGAUAUGGAGUGCAGAAAAAUGUCACACAGACCACUCACCACGCCGCUCCUGUUACGGCUCCUAUAACCUCGUCAACUGUUACCACCGAGAAGAACUAUGAAGCUGCUCAGCAAGAAAUCCUUAGCAAGGAUUACAAGUUCCUGCUUUUAGAGAAAGAGAAGAGUCCUUCCAAAAAAGAAGAUAUGCUAAUCAUGUCGAAAGACACCGGCAAAAUAUUCACAGCCUCAAGUGGUGGAAGUUCAGGUUCUGCUGGUGAAGAAUCAUUGAAGAAAGAAAAACAAAUGACCACGCGUGUCGACACUACGUACAAAUCUGAAGCCAACGGAGGGUUGAAAGUAACAAAAGAUAAAGCCACCUAUGCAGAGAUACAUCGGGUUGACGGACACGGACUGAAAUCUGGAAUGGAUUAUUAUGAUGGCGGAAGAGGAGGAUCAGACACUGAUGUUAUUUGUGGACCUUGUGGUUCCUGCUGCAAAUGGUGGAUGUGGUCGCUGGGCUUACUUUUGGGAUUGCUGACCCUCCUUGGUCUACUUUUUGGGCUCAUAUCUCUAUGGCAAGAUGUGAAGAAUCUCCAGUCUCGUGUAGAUACACUAGAAAGGGGUACCCCAAUAAACAGGGAUGCAAUUCAAUACUUACAGUCUCAGAACUUCCCCUCAUUAAAAUCUUCUUCCAAUUUACCUGUCGAUCAAGUUAGUACAGAUACAAGUGAAAAGGAUACCGGCGACCAAACUAAAAUAAUUUGGCAGUAUGUGAAGGACAGAUUACAGGCCGAAAGAGGAAGCUUUGUUGGUGAGAAGGGUGCAGCUGGACAGAAAGGUGAAAUGGGAAUUAAAGGAGACCAAGGUGAACGAGGCUUUCCAGGACCUCAGGGAGCUCCAGGACUUAUUGGACAUACCGGGUCAGAAGGUCCAAAGGGACAGAAAGGCUCUGCUGGUGACGCUGGUAUGGAGGGACCACCUGGACAAAGAGGGAGAGAUGGCACAGCAGGACCUCGUGGUGAACCUGGACCAGCAGGUGUUGGAGAGAAGGGAGACAGAGGUACACCCGGUGAUCCAGGGAUACCAGGAUUGGCAGGUCAACCAGGACCAAUGGGUCUUAAAGGUACUAUGGGUCUACAAGGUCCUCAAGGUGUUGCAGGUAUUCCAGGAAUUCAGGGAUACAGAGGGGAAGCAGGACAGCCAGGUCCAAAAGGUGAUAAAGGAUCUGUUGGACCACCAGGUGUUAAAGGUGACCAAGGUGAAAAGGGAUCCAGAGGUCUUACAGGAGAACUCGGUCCACGAGGAUUGCCAGGUCCUUCUGGAGAGGCUGGUGCCAAAGGAUCUGCAGGUCCUCCUGGCCCAGAUGGUCACCAAGGACCAAGAGGUGAGCAAGGACCUCUGGGACUGCCAGGACCAAGAGGGCCACCAGGAUCAUCUGGAGAUCCUGGCCUCCCAGGCCUUGCUGGAGCUCAAGGACCACCAGGACCACCUGGUACCCCUGGCAGAGGAGGAACAAAAGGUGACGCUGGAGAACCCGGACGAGUCAUUAAUCAAGACGGUGGUAGUUAUGCUCUUCCUGGACCUCCUGGACCUCCAGGACCCGUUGGCCCAUCAGGAUCACCAGGUGUUCCAGGUCCAGUUGGACCAUCUGGAAUUCCAGGACAGCCAGGCACAAAAGGAGCACGCGGAGAUCCUGGUGAACCAGGCAUCACUUAUUCCAGACCAGAAAAUACCUUCGCAGCACAAAGUAUACCUGGACCCCCUGGCCCACCUGGACAACCUGGACCACCAGGUCCCCAAGGAGUGGCAGGAAACUCAAUUCAAGGACCAACAGGACAAGCCGGUCCACAAGGCCCACAAGGUCCUGCAGGCCCUGCAGGCCCUGCAGGCCCAGCUGGUCCACAAGGCCCACCAGGAGAGUCCAAACCAGGCAUCAAUGGAACUCCUGGCACAGCAGGUCCCCCCGGGCCACCAGGCCCUGCAGGUCCACCAGGAUCUUCUCUUGCCGCAUCAGAAACCAUCGUUUCUGGACCACCAGGUCCUCCAGGUGUCCCAGGAACUAAAGGAGAUCCAGGUGAUCCAGGUCAAAGAGGCCAGCCAGGACAACCAGGUCAACCAGGUGAUCCCGGCCAACCAGGACUUCCAGGAGGACCAGGACGUGAUGGACCUGCAUCCGUUGGACCUCCAGGUUCACCAGGCUCACCAGGGUCACCUGGGUCACCAGGACAACCAGGAUCACCAGGAUCACCAGGAGAGAGAGGUGAAGCUGGCAUCCCAGGUGCUCCUGGAAUCCCAGGAAGCUCACGAGGCCCAGCAGGAGGUGGAAGACCUGGACAAGGUAGCCCUGGUCCACCUGGACCUCCUGGACCACAAGGACCUCCCGGGCCUCCUGGACCACCUGGAAACUCUGGACGUGGUGCAGAAGAAGUCCAACAGUACAUUACCCAAUAUCUCCAGAACUCUGCUAUUGGCCUGUCACAAAAUGCAGACAUAACGAAGCACUGGAGUCCGAGGGAUGAGAGUAGCUACUCCGCAUCGAGAGCAGCUAAUGAGGGUGAAAAUGUCAGAAAUUAUUUGGUUGGACCUCAAGGACCUCCUGGACCAAAGGGAGACAGCGGACAGGAAUUGGAUUAUGCAGAGUUGGCAAGUCGUGUCAUGAGCUACUUAAGAGGUUCUGGAUUUACUUCUGCAGAGUUUGGGCAGGCAGGAUUUGUAGGCCCAGCAGUCUCCUACGAUGAAAUUCUGUCCAUGUUGAAAAGUUCUGGAAUGCAACUUGGCCUUCAGGGACCUCCAGGCCCACCAGGGCCUCCAGGACUGCCUGGGUCUGGCUAUGGAGAUAUUACAGCUUUGCUUCAAGCAUCUGAGUUCAGAGGAGUUGUUGGACCCCCAGGACCACCAGGACAACCAGGCCGUCCAGGAACACCAGGGCGCCAUGGCUCCCCUGGCCCUCAAGGACCUAUGGGACCAGCUGGAAAUCCAGGCACAACCAGGACCAGUUUUGAUACCGAGGAUAUUACGGCCUAUUUACAAAAUGUGGGAUAUGUUAGAGGAGCUCCAGGACCACCAGGGCCUCCUGGACCACAGGGACCCGCUGGUGGUGGAAGCAGUCUGGUCUCUUAUGUCGAGAACGUCCAUAGUGAUCGAUUCCGGACUGAACUCAUGGAAUAUCUAACAAGUGACAACAUUCGGAGGUAUAUCACUGGACCAGCAGGACCACCUGGCCCACCUGGACCUCCAGGUCUGAGAGGAGCAAAGGGAGAUAGUGGGGAAAUUUCUUCAUCAUCAUUAUCUUCUGGAUCAUCAUUGUCUUCUGGAUCAUCAUUCUCUUCUGGAUCAUCAUCAUCAUCAGCUUCUUCAUAUUCAAUAGACUAUAAUGAAGUGGCAUCUCGUGUAACAGAACAAAUUCAGAGUCAAGGCUUAUUGGGAGAUUUCGCUUUCAAUGGCCAGAGAUCAGGCCCUCCAGGACCACCAGGGCCCCCAGGAAUCUGCCAAGUGUAUGCAACUCAUGCCAACAUAACUACUGAUCUAAUGGAAGUUUUCAGAACGUAUGGUACCAUACAGGGUCCACCAGGGCACCCAGGACAGAAAGGGGAAAGAGGAUUCACAGGUCCAAAAGGUGAACGUGGAAUACAAGGUUUUACUGGACAACCUGGACCGAGAGGUCAAAAAGGAGAGAAAGGUGAACACACAUUUGUUGGAAAAAGAAAAAGAAGAAGCAUUGGUGUUUGAUGACCAGUGAUCCCUAAAAUUACGUUGCAUGAUACGUGAAUAAUUAUCAUGGGCAGAGAUUGUCCCUCUUUCAACCCCACACCAAACUACUUGUAAAUACAGAAAAAGCAUACAGUUCAAAGCGAUGUGGGAUUAUUUAUAUUUGUCAGUAAUUGGGACGUUAUUGUUCAGAUCACAUAUUUUGAGCUUCUGUGUACUGUUAAAUGAGCACUGUGUGACCAAUGAUUGCCCGCAUGAGCUCUAUUGCUUGUCCCUCAGUGUCACUCCAUAGCAUCAGAAAUUGAAGUGAAUUUCAAUAUUAGUAAAAAAUUGGAUUGUGUAGAUCAAUAUAUUACAACUGAAAAGACUUGCCAAUCAAAUAUCUGAAGUUACACUGUUGAAAGAUUAUUUUAAAAUAAUGUUACGCUGUGAAUGGAGUUGACUUGAUCGAGUUGAUCUUAGACUGUAGAACAACGUGACCUGCUCUUAUUUGGCCACACAGGCCUGGAAACCACAUAUACCUGUUUAAGUACAGGUGGAUCAAACUGGUCCAGAAUAAAAAUACCAAAAUUGAUUAACUGACCUGUGUUUAAGCAGGGAUAUCCAUGAAUCCAGGAAUGUGUACAGCAUUAGGGGCCCAGUACUGGAUACUUCUGGUCUUCAGAAUUGCACAUCACUUAGAAAACAGGAGGAUAUAUUCUUGACUUGGGCUCGAUGGUUAUAAAAUGAACCAUCGUGGGCCAUCAAUAAAGCAGUAUAAAGCAGUAUUCCAGUAUCCUAUUUGAACUGCCAUCUCAAUAAACAAAAUGUGGACAGUUUGUGGUCAUCGAGUACUGGUUUGAGAAAUCCUGACCUACAGGAAAAUAAUAGAGAGGGCUGGCCAAAAGGUAGACAUCCACCUUUUGUAGAAUUAUAGUUCUUAUGAUGUUUGCUUUAAAACUAUCAAAGUAUCAUGGGAUCUGUAGCUCUUAAAAAAAUAAAAAAAUAAAAAUUAAUUUAAAAAAAGUAAAUAAUGGAGGUCUACCUUUUGUCCAGCCCUGUACUAGAUAAAUGCAGAAGCACAUAGCACGUAAUGUGUUUGGUCUUAAGUACAUAUUAUUUUGGGAUUGUUUUGCUUUUAUUUUCCUCUUUAUAUUAGUUACACUUGUCUAAUUGUUUUUAUAAUAAACUUUGUACAUGUAAAGAUAUUUUUUAAAUAACAAAGUUGUCCAUGUACUAGUUUUUAUUUUAUUUUUUGUGUUUUUUUUUUAAACAUAAUAUUCCAGCAAUAGUGUUUGAAUUCUAUAGUCGUUCGUGCCGAAUUGCUUACUUGAUAUAAGUUGUAAUUUGUUUUCACUCCCGAUAGCACUGGAAUCUUUAGAAGUUAUAAAGGCAUAAUGGCUGAUAGAAAGAACAUAGAUUGUUUGCCAGCACUGAUGUAAGGAAUCUGCGUUACACAACUUAGGGGUUUAUUUAGUGAACAAUGAAACACGAAUACUUGACAAAAAAAAUACCACAAUUAAGGCCAUAACUAAGUGCUGUCAAAUUCUGCAACUUGGAUAUCAGAACCUCAAGUUUGCAAUUGUCUGGUCAAUUCAUGACAAUUCACUAUUUCAAUGUGUAUAAAAGUCGAAAAAACCUAUAAACCGUAAGGGAUGAGCUGUGAACAAUUUCUAUAUCAUGUGUAUUGUCCUUGUAAACAACAUUUUGUGUGUAUUUGCAAUGAUCUUACAAAGACGCCAUUAAAAUAAGUAAUCAGAGGCAACCAUUUUGCUUUUCUGAAAAACUGAAAUGGAGGUUCUUAGUUGUGAUGUUACAUUACAGUAAUCUCAUAUUUUCAAACCAGGUUACAAGCAAUGCAAACACAGGCUCAUAAGACACAAUAUAUAAAUAA